UGCAGAUAACAGACAAUAACGAAUGGAACAGGUCCAAGUCCGGGUCUGCUUCCUGUCUGUUUACGCUUCCUGUUUCUUUUUUUUUUUUUUUCCCUGAAACAAUGGCAAUGAUCAUAUCUAUCAGUUUAUCAAAAUCCCCUCAAAUUAUAUAACCUAAUUCUCCUCACAAAUCCUCAACCUAAAGGCUCAUUGCACUUCCUUAUACUGUAAAUCUAUUUUGCCAUUCUGAUCUUGUUUUAUUCAUUUCAAUUGCAUUAGGAGCUAUUCUAAUUAUUAAAAAGCGAACAAUAACUGUUCACUCCAUUAAGUAUUAGUUCAGCCAUUUCAAUUUGGUUUUGGCGAGUUUAAUCAAAUGGCAUUGUGAAAUCAUUGGGCUGUCAAUUCGUUAAUUUUGGUUCCAAGAAACAGCGCCAUUUCCAAUAAAUGGCGCUGUCGAGACACUUCUUUUACCGGAAGCCGCCUGAUCGACUUCUAGAGAUUUCUGAGCGUGUUUAUGUGUUCGAUUGUUGCUUCUCUGGCAACGUAUUGGAUGAAGAUGAAUACAAGACAUAUAUGGGAGAGAUUGUAGCUCAGUUACAGGACCACUAUGCAGAUGCUGCUUUCAUGGUUUUCAAUUUUAGAGAAGGUGAUCGAAGGAGCCAAGUAUCUGACAUUUUGUCCCAGUAUGGUAUGACAGUCAUGGAUUAUCCUAGGCAAUAUGAGGGGUGUCAGCUAUUGCCAUUGGAAAUGAUCUACCACCUCUUGCGAUCGAGUGAGAGCUGGCUUUCCAUCGAAGGCCAAGAUAACGUCUUGUUGAUGCACUGUGAGAGAGGAGGGUGGCCUGUUCUUGCCUUCAUGCUUGCUGGUCUUCUUUUGUACAGAAAACAAUACGCCGGUGAGCAGAAGACUCUUGAAAUGGUAUAUACGCAAGCUCCUAGGGAACUUGUACAUCUUUUGUCACCUCUGAAUCCACAGCCAUCUCAGCUUAGAUAUCUCCAGUAUAUCUCCAGAAGAAAUUUCGACUCAGAUCGGCUGCCAUCAGAUACACCUUUUUCGUUAGAUUGCGUCAUACUUAGAGUCCUUCAUCUAUUUGAUGGUGGGAGGGGCUGCCGACCUGUAGUUCGUGUCUACAGUCACGAUCCCGCUUCAACAAUGCAUAAUAGAGGAUCUAAGCUCUUAUAUUCAACAUCAAAGACAAAAGAACAUGUUUGCCUCUACCAACAGGAAGAGUGUGCGCUGUUGAAAAUAGAUAUCCGCUGUCGUGUCCAAGGAGAUGUUGUUCUUGAGUGCGUCCAUUUGGAAGAUGAUCUAUUAAGGGAAGAAAUGAUGUUCAGGGUCAUGUUUCACACAACAUUUAUUCAGUCAAAUGUUUUGACGUUAACCCGUGAUGAAGUUGAUGUCCCAUGGGAUGCACAAGACCAACUUCCAAGAGAGUUUAAAGCAGAGGUGCUUUUUUCGGGUGCUGAAGCUGAUCAAUCUAUCAUCACCACAGAAGCACCAUAUGAAGAUGAGAAUGAAAGUGAAGGCGCUUCAUCUGAGGAGUUUUUUGAGGUGGAAGAGAUAUUCAGUGUUGAUGGACAGGAUGGAAGGGCCGAGUCUAAUGCCUAUACAGUUCCCAAUGGUAUGCAGGAUGAUAACAUUGAAAUAGUCUGGAAAGAGGAGUUAGGGCGUCAUGCUUUACAAGAUUGUGGGUCGGAUGGGGUAAAUCACAAACAAGAAAGAAAGAUGUAUAAGCAGCGGGCACCAAAAAAGAAUAGUUUAGGUAAUAGGGAUGAGUUAAUGGCCUCAAAAGUUGUGACUUCUAAUGUUACUAGCAACAUGGAAUCAAAAGCUGUAAUAUCUGGGGCUAGUGGCAUGUCAAAAGAAGGGGAGAAUAAGCAUCGAGAAGGCACUCUUAAACAGAAGAAGUUUGAGCCGCAGGGUUCACAACAGGAGUUGAGUGGUGAAAGCAAUAAACAAAAGGAUGAAAUGCCACCCUCAUCUCUAAAGAGACAGCUAUUAUCCAACUCAAAACCAGCCGCUGAUGGGCUUGGUCCAAAAAAUAAAUCUAAACAGCAGGAAUCUCAGUGCACUCCUUCAAGACUGGCGAAGCCAAAUGCAGUAUCUCGGUGGAUUCCUACUAAUAAAGGUUCUUAUACUAAUUCAAUGCAUGUAUCAUAUCCACCAUCAGGAUAUAAUAAUGCUCCUUGUGGGCUUGCUCUCACCAAGGAUUCUCGAUCUCAUUCAAAAUCUAAAUCUCCAUCUUCUCGAGCUUCUGUAAAAGCUAUGGUUCCAGCUGACGCAGGUCGUGUUCCACGGAAAAACUCUUCAUGUCCUGCAUUAUUAGACAUGUUAGCAGUCCAAGAGGCAUUGCUUACUAAAGACUCUCUACGAGCAUCAGCUGAAAGCCAAGCCAUGCAAUUUCUUCCAUCUCCUCCAGGUCGUCCCCUAACUCCUCCACUGCCUCCAUGUUCAAGCACUUCAUCUUAUAGAGUUCCUCAAAUUCACGGAGCAAGGACAAAUCUACCAGCUUCUGACAUCCUAGCUCUGUCUUUGCAGGAAAGCCACAUUAUUAAAGCCUCUGUGACUCACCAAUUACCCCCACCUCCACCACCUCUGCCCCCUCUGCCUCAUCCAUCCCUGCCACUUACUCGUAAUGCCACAUCUUUAUCACCUCCACCCUUAUCUCAACCUCUACCUCCUCCUCUACCUACAUUAACUGGCUUGAUAACUCCUAUUGGUACCUCUCGCCCGCCCCCAUCAUCGCUUCCCACAUCAUCCAGCGUUCUGAAUGCUGCUACCUGUAAGCUCUUGCCGCCACCCCCUCCACCACCCCCGUGGUCAAGUGGGGCUUAUGCAGCUUCCUCUGUAGCAUUAUCAAGUUCAUUGCCACCUUCAACUCCACCUCUAUCUCCACCUGUAUAUGCUGACACUGUAUCCAAACCUGAUAGUUCUGGAACGAAUUCUCCAUCACCACCACCACCUCCCCCUCCUCCUCUAUUUGGUGCCCCUUCUCCUCCACUUCCAUUGCCACCACCUUCUCCACUAAAUCCAGCUAGGCAUAGAGUUGCUUCUUUGCUUGCUCCACCAGCACCUCCUCCUCCAACUCCACGUCCUCUUUCACUUAGUGCUUCAGCUCCACCUCCCCCUCCACCACCUCCCCUUCCUUCACGUGUUACUCCAGCUCCACCACCUCCACCACCUCCACGAAGUGCCCCACAAACACCAUUUCCACCUUCACCUCCUCCGCCUCCUUCAUACAACAAUCCACCUGCACCACCUCCACCUCCAAUUCGUGGUCCUCCCCCUCCUCCAACUCCAUGUUAUUUCCCUGGAGCACCAUCCCCACCCUUACUGCCUCCUUUGUGUGGAUCUGCACCCCCACCACCUCCUCCUUUGCCUGAAGCUCCACGUGCACCUCUUGGACCACCUCCUCCUCCACCUCCUUCAAUGCGAGGGCUUCCUGCUCCUUCCCCUCUUCCUAGUGGUGGCCCUCCUCCACCUCCACCUCCAGUAUGUGGAGCACCCCCUCCUCCACCCCCUCCUGGAGGUUAUGCACGAGGUGUACCUCCUCCACCCCCUAUUGGAGGAGGCGCACCUAGUCCACCUCUUCCACCAGGAGCUCCAAGACCUCCAGGCGGUGGACCUCCUCCGCCACCACCUAGGGCACUUGGGAGAGGCCUUACUGUAGGGAGAGGGCAGGGGCUUUCACGAACAACAGGCAGUAUAGCUCCUCGGAGAUCUACCUUAAAGCCGUUGCAUUGGAGCAAAGUAACUAGGGCACUAGGGGGUAGCUUAUGGGAGGAACUGCAGAGACGUGGAGAGCCUCAAAUUGCAACAGAAUUUGAUGUGUCAGAAAUUGAGACUCUUUUCUCUGCGACAGUCCCCAAGAAAGAUGGCGCCGGAGGCAAAUAUGGAGCAAAAAAGUCAGUUGGAUCUAAACCAGACAGGGUUCACCUGAUUGAUCUAAGGAGGGCUAAUAAUACUGAAAUUAUGCUCACUAAGGUGAAAAUGGCACUUCCUGACAUGAUGGCAGCUGUGCUGGCAAUGGAUGAGUCGAUUUUAGAUGCUGAUCAGGUGGAGAAUCUUAUAAAGUUUUGUCCUACAAAAGAUGAGAUGGAUCUUCUCAAGGGUUACACCGGUGACAAAGAGCUUCUGGGAAAGUGUGAACAGUUCUUUUUAGAGCUGAUGAAGGUGCCACGAGUGGAGUCAAAAUUAAGAGUUUUUCUCUUUAAGAUUCAGUUCAACUCUCAGGUCUCAGACUUCAAGAAAAGCUUAAACACCGUGAACUCUGCUAGUGAAGAGCAGGCCCGAAACUCUCUCAAAUUGAAGGAAAUUAUGAAGAAAAUAUUGUAUCUAGGGAACACAUUGAAUCAGGGAACUGCCAGAGGUUCUGCCGUUGGAUUUAAGCUGGACAGUCUCUCAAAGCUCACUGAUACACGUGCUACUAACAACAGGAUGACACUCAUGCAUUAUCUUUGUAAGGUUCUUGCUUCCAAGUCACCAACUUUUUUAGACUUCCAUGAAGAUCUUGCAAGUGUGGAAGCUGCAUCAAAGAUUCAAUUGAAAUCUUUGGCUGAAGAGAUGCAAGCAAUCAUCAAUGGACUGGAAAAAGUAAAGAAGGAACUGGAGGCAUCUCAGACUGAUGGCCCUGUGUCCGAAACUUUUUGUAAGACUUUAAAAGAAUUCAUUGAAGUGGCUGAAGCAGAGGUGGGCUCUGUGAAGGAGUUGUAUUCUUUGGCGGGCAGAAAUGCGGAUGCACUAGCACUAUAUUUUGGUGAGGAUCCUGCCCGCUGUCCGUUUGAGCAAGUCGCGGCAACGCUCUUAAAUUUUGUGCAGUUGUUCCGCAAAGCCCACGAAGAGAACAAGAAACAGGCUGAAUUGGAAAAGAAGAAAGUUCAAAAGGAGGCUGAAAUGGAGAAAGCAAAAGGAAUUAAUUUAAAAACAAAGAAGGGUGUGGAGUAAAUAGGAAUGAUUUCGUUGUGUUCCUUGAGGGAAUUUUGGUGUCAUGUGGUUUCUCUGUCGGUUAACAGUGUUGGCUGAGGAUGCUCGUUCAAAUACAGGCCAGAAGCCUCCGACACUAUUAUAGUGCUGCAACAUUAUCUGGAUUCAGAAAAGGAAGUCCGACGUCGAGGCUCUUUUGAACCUGGAAAUGCGUUGCAGAGAGGAAGCUGGAACUCAUUGUUGUCCAGGCUUUUGGAUGACGCAAACAACCUGUUGGUUAUCCAAUGGAUCACUUGAAAUUUGUUGCUGUCAGGCGAUCAUGACUGCGUCUAAUAAUGCAAAUUUAGGUAUGCAUUAGCGAGCCAACAUGAUGGACUCGACGUCGGCACAAUGUCGUCCAUGGUCUCGGCAUUCACCAUUGACAGCAAUUAUGCCACGUAAACUGUACAUUGGAAGCUUAACAGGGUUUUUUACUAAACUCCAACUCUUGUAUGUAGAUUCAAAUUUGAUUCUUUUCAUUGUAACAUAGGAAAAGGUUCCUAGUCAUUUUAGAUUCAAUGAGACACCAGGAAAUUGGUUGUACACAAAGCAUAGAAGAGAUAGGAAAAGGUUCUGUUAGUAAUAACGGCUUAACAAAAUGUAAGCAGUAGACGAGUUUUUCUCCUUCCCUAGAUUCAUAAUUUUGAAAAUAUUAUGAUAUAUUCAUUUAUUAAUGGCAGAGAAGUUUCUGCAUUUCUUUC